UGUUUUGGUGAAGAGAGAAGUUGAUCGGUAUUUGGAGACGUAGACGGAGACCUGAUCCAUCUUCUUGGACACGCGUAACAUUUAUAAGAGGAAAAUAAUUCCAUAUUUGUUGUUUUGAUUUUUAACUCAUUCCAACAUCAGGACCAGCGGACCCAUGAACCAGAGCAGGAUCGCUUUCCCUAAAUAGACAAGGAGUAACACAGUUGAGUUGGUGAUGGCCAUGUCACUGUGGUGCCACCGAACAGUCUUAUUGGCUGUGUCCUUCUGCUUCCUGCCCUGCAUCACCUCUUCUCUAAACCUGGAGGACCCCAACGUCUGCAGCCACUGGGAGAGUUACACAGUAACAGUCCAGGAGUCCUACGCCCAUCCUUUUGAUCAGGUCUACUACACCAGCUGCACUGACAUCCUUAACUGGUUCAAGUGCACAAGACACAGGGUGAGUUAUCGGAUUGCCUACCGCAGAGGAGAGAAGACCAUGUAUCGGAGGAAGUCACAAUGUUGUCCUGGCUUCUUUGAAAAUGGAGAGCUCUGCGCUCCUCACUGUGCUGAAAACUGUGUACAUGGCCGCUGCAUGGCCCCCAACACCUGCCAGUGUGAGCCAGGAUGGGGGGGCUCCAACUGCUCCAGUGCAUGUGACAGUCAACACUGGGGUCCUCACUGCAGCAAUAGAUGUCAGUGCCAGAACGGAGCCCUGUGCAACCCCAUCACCGGAGCCUGUAUCUGUACGCCUGGGUACCGGGGAUGGCGCUGUGAGGCCCAGUGUGAAGUAGGCACCUACGGUAAUGGGUGCCAGCAGAAAUGCCAAUGCCAGAACGGGGCUGCUUGUCACCAUGUGACCGGGGAAUGCAAGUGCCCGCCAGGAUACACUGGAGCUUUCUGUGAGGAUCUGUGUCCUCCUGGGAAACAUGGACCGCAGUGCGAAGAGAGGUGUCCGUGUCAGAAUGGAGGAGUGUGCCAUCACGUUACGGGAGAAUGUUCCUGUCCUUCUGGAUGGAUGGGUACUGUAUGUGGGCAACCUUGUCCAGAGGGAAGAUUUGGGCCAAACUGCUCUCAGGAAUGUCAGUGUCAUAAUAACGGCUUCUGCGUGUCGUCGACUGGACAGUGUCACUGCAGCCCGGGAUACACUGGGGAGCGAUGCCAAGACGAGUGCCCCGUGGGUACUUACGGUGCCGGCUGUGCAAAGACAUGUCGCUGUAAGAACAACGGCAAAUGUUACCAUAGCAACGGAAUGUGUCUUUGCGAGCCAGGAUACACAGGAGAAACCUGCAAUGUCCGACUUUGUCCUGAAGGACACUACGGCCUCCGCUGUGAUAGGAAGUGCCCUUGCUAUGCCAGCAAUACCCGCAGCUGUCACCCCAUGUCAGGCGAGUGCACAUGUCGGCCUGGCUGGUCUGGUCUCUACUGCAAUGAGACGUGCACCCCUGGGUUUUACGGCGAGUCCUGUCAGCAGGUGUGCCAGUGUCAGAAUGGCGCCGACUGCCACGGCGUGACAGGAGAGUGUAUCUGUGCCCCCGGCUUCAUGGGUCCCGACUGUUCUGUCGUCUGUCCCACGGGAUCUCAUGGCAUCAACUGCUCGUCGAGCUGCAACUGCAAGAACGGAGCUCAGUGCUCACCUGUGGAUGGUUCCUGCUUCUGUAAACCAGGCUGGCAUGGUGUCGACUGCUCCAUCAACUGUCCAAGUGGGACUUGGGGUUUGGGAUGUAACCUCACCUGCACAUGUGGGAAUGGAGGAGCAUGCAGUGCUCUGGACGGCCACUGCACCUGUGCACCCGGGUGGAGGGGGGAACGGUGUGACCUGCACUGCCAGGAUGGCACUUAUGGACUCUCCUGCAGGGAGAGAUGUGACUGCAGCCAUGCAGACGGCUGUCAUCAUUCCACUGGACACUGUCGAUGUCUGGCUGGAUGGACUGGUAUUCACUGUGACAGUGUGUGCGCAGAGGGGCGGUGGGGACCAAACUGUUCCCUCCCCUGUAACUGUAAGAACGGAGCUUCCUGCUCUCCGGAUGAAGGGAUGUGUGAAUGUGCACCAGGUUUCCGUGGGACCACUUGCCAGAGAAUUUGCUCUCCAGGUUACUUCGGACAUCGCUGCAGUCAGACAUGUCCACAGUGUGUCCACAGUAACGGGCCGUGCCAUCAUGUGACUGGAGAGUGUGAUUGUCUGCCUGGCUUCAAGGGGGCGCUGUGCAAUGAGGUGUGUCCCAGUGGAUACUACGGGAAGAGCUGUGCAUGGAGCUGUCGCUGCACGAACAAUGGCACCUGUAACCCCAUCGACGGGUCCUGUCAGUGCUACCCAGGAUGGAUAGGCAGUGACUGCUCUCAGCCAUGUCCACCUGGUCAGUGGGGCCCGAACUGCAUCCACACAUGCAACUGUCACAACGGUGCUUACUGUAGUGCCUAUGAUGGCGAGUGCAAGUGCACUCCGGGGUGGACUGGGUUGUACUGCACACAACGCUGUCCGUUAGGCUUUUAUGGUAAGGACUGUUCCCAGACCUGUCAGUGCAGGAAUGGAGCAGACUGUGACCACAUCUCUGGACACUGCACCUGCCGCACUGGAUUCAUGGGACAUCGCUGUGAGCAAAAGUGUCCGGCUGGUUCCUAUGGUUACGGCUGCCGCCAGGUGUGUGACUGUCUCAAUAACUCCACUUGUGAUCACAUGACUGGGACCUGCUACUGCAACCCGGGCUGGAAGGGAGCCCGCUGUGACCAAGCUGCGGUCGUGGUGGGCAGCCUCAACACUCUGACCAGUGCUGCCAUGCAGGUGGACACCUACCAGAUUGGAGCCAUUGCAGGAAUCAUUGUGCUGGUCUUGCUUGGCCUCUUCUUCCUCCUCCUCUUUAUUGUUUACCGGAAGAAGCAGAAGGGUAAGGAGCCCACCAUGCCGGCAGUGACCUACACCCCUGCCAUGAUGGUGACAGCCGACUACACCGUCUCAGAUGUGCGGCCACCACCCUGUGACAGCCACCCCAGUAGCUACUUCUCCAACCCCAGCUACCACACUCUGACGCAGUGCAUGGACCCGCGACACGUGGAUAGCUCUCCGUAUGGACUGGCCAAGAACAAUCAGAUGUUUGUGAACCUGAAGAACGUGGAUCAGAGGAAGAGAUACCCGUUGGCUGAUCACACGGGGACGCUGCCUGCAGACUGGAAACACGGCGACCGCUUCAAUGAUUUAGGUGCGUACGGAGUUGACCGGCGAUAUAUGGGGAAGUCAAUGAGAGAACUGGUGAAAGAUGCACCCUACCACGCCAGCUCUUCAUCCCUCAACAGCUCUGAAAACCCCUACGCCACCAUCAAGGACCCUCCGAUACUCACAAGCAAAAAUACAGAGUGUGGUUACGUGGAGAUGAAGUCACCUGCCAGGCGGGAUUCGCCGUAUGCCGAGAUCAGCAAUGACGGUGACACCAACAACAAGAAUGUCUACGAAGUUGAGCCCACCAUCAGCAGCAUCUCCAUCCCUGGAAGCUGCUGUGGCCAAGACCCCUACGACCUUCCAAGAAACAGCCGAAUUCCAUGCCAUUAUGACCUGCUGCCACCCAGAGACAGCCCGACCUCAGACCACCAGGAUGUGGACAGUGAAUAAAUGCAGAGAAACCUGGUGCAGUAACUAGCACCGGACAAUGUGGGCACAGACACUCUUGACCCCACUCGUCCAAACAAACUUUACUAAAUGGCUGGAACUGAGUGGGUUGGACUUGAAGAUGUUGUUGAAUGAUGCAGUUUGUCUCCCGCCUGGAUCAUUGCACUUAAGAAGGCUUUAUUGCAGCACCACUAGCAACAAAGACUUUCUCAUCACUGCCAUCUUCUGGAGAAGAGUGGAACAUUUCAUAAUCUCUGCAGGAAAGCGCCACUGAAGUGGCGACAUUCUAUCAUGUAGCACUGAACUAUAGCUUACUGAGGCCUUAAAACGUUCAAAUACAAACAUCUAUUUUUGUAUUCGUUUUCUGAAGCAUGGAUAGAAUCAGUUUUGAGAGCCUGUUUUGACAUGUUUUCCUGUGUGAUCUUGAGAUCAAAUAUAUUCCACCUAUAUCACGUUUCAAAAUCAGCUCCCACAUAAAUAUUUUUGACUUGAAAUUGAUUGAAUUUAGAAAAGUUCCCACUCUUGCCUUUUGCUUUCCUCUGUGUAAUCAAUCACUGUUAUUGUAUGAAAAGGAGAGGCCAAUCUGCUUGGAGCAGCUGGAGUCAAAGAGUUGUUGAGUUAACCAAAGUUGUGUGUACAAGUGAUAGCAGUAGUUUACACCUGAAGUCCAGUGCAGAGCUUUUGAAGAGGUGACAAAUGUCUAAACUCUCUCACAAUUACUCGUGACUGUGUGGGAUGUGAGACGAGACAAGGUACCGAUAUUCUUAACUCAGUGUGCGCAGUGUUUUGAUUUUGCGGUUUUGAUUGUUGAGCUUCUGCUUGCAUAAAGACACGGAACAGGUCACAUAACCAGGGCCUUGUGAGCCAGAAGUCCUUCACUUCUAGUUUUACAACCCAUUCCCAGCUCCCAGUCUGGCUUCAUUUUACGCUGAAAUCUUUCAACACGCUACAACACAAACGUCCAGUCAUUAGUAUACUCAGUGAUGAACAAGUGCUUGCCUUAUUUAUUUCGUGACAUAUGAAGCUAAUACUCCAGUCAAGGCUUAUUUAGUUGGUAAACUGUAUUUCGCGAGUCAUUAAUGAUUGACCUGAAUCUGAACUGUCUUCAGUACAAAGAGAUGAAGCAGGAAUACAUUUUUUGAAAGCAAAACUAAAACUGGCACUUGCAUUCCCACAUUUAUUUGAUGUUAAACAAAUAUAUGAAGUUGUAUUUGCCUGUGUAAUUGCAUGUUGAGCACAUUAGAUGUUCGAGCAGUUAAUUGGGUGCAGAAUAAGGUAAUAACCUUUUUUUAAAAAGGUUAUUAUACUGUAUGAAUUCAGCACACCCAAAGUAAAUGGAAAAGCAAUCCCUUUUUUAGUUAAGUAUUAAACUAGUAGAAGUGAUUUUAAGUAUGAAGAACACUGAUGCACAUUUUGAUGUAUAUCGUGCAACUGAUAACAUGUUGUCACAAGCAAUUGUCUUUUUUAAAACCAUUUCAAAUCAUCACCAAAUACUCUAAACAUUGAGAAUAGAAUUGAAGUAUGAAAAUAAUUACCUGUCAUUUGUCUACAUCCUACAUUUUGCUUCAAGUACAAUUCAUCUUUUAAAGAUGAUUUCUCAUAAUUGAACUUUCAGAUGUAGUCACACUGCUAAAGCAUCACCAUUCACCCUCUAAAUGUCACAGAAAAAAACACACAAUAUUGUAACCCAAUAGAUAACAAUGUGUUGCUGUGCAAUUGAAAGUGGCCCAUCUGUGUAGUGAAAAGGAAGCUCGAGCUGGACUUUGGCUUUUUGAACAGCUAAUAUUAUUUAUGUUUUCAAUACUGUAAAAUUGUAUCUUUUGACAGCUUUGUGAUCGUAUUUCUUCUAACCCUGGGAUAAAAGUAAACUUGUUCAACGACAAUAAGGUAGAAUAUUGUAAAUAUAUCAUCAGUAUUGCUGAAAAAAACAACAACACAUUUUGUCUAAUUUUCUCUAA